AUGGAGCCCACAUCAGGGCACACCUAUCAGAAAUUCCGCAUCAUUAACGAGGCACUCCACGAGGAAACAAAUCAUGGGACUGAGCCCGACACAGGUGGCCUACCCUGCGCUGACACGGGAAAUGGUCCCCCACAUGCAGAAGAGCUUGAUGAUGGCACGGAAAGUGAUGCCGAGAGUAUCCAAGAUGGUCCUGACAAAGACGGCGAUGAAGCGAUCGUCGACGUCGAGGAAUUUGAGGGUGUUGACAUAAGUACGCCGGAAUUGGGAAACAACGCAGCCACCGACGCGACCUCGCGUGAUCAAAACCGUAUUGACGCGACAUUGCCGGAGGGGAAGCUGAGGGAAGCUCCAACUCUAGACCUAGCAAAGGAGACAUUAAAAGAUUUGGAGAGCAAGCUGAACCCACCACGAAAAAAAGGGAACGGACAUGUCGAUCCUAAAAUAAAUCCCUUCGUUAGGAUAAGGAUGGAGGGGAUGAGAACUCUCCUUAACUUUUUCACCAACCCCAAAUCGGCGACAUACCAGAAAUGGUGUGCGUCAUCAAUGCAAGCUUCAAUAUCCCUCGGGCGGGGUACAUACUGUGCACGUCAACUGCGGAAACUCACGCGACAAUUUAUUGAAAAUCGGAAGAUACUCCCCAUUAAUCCCUAUGGUGACUGGAAUCAAACGAUGCUCGCGGAUGAGGAUCUUCCAUCCGACAUCAACCUCCAUCUGCAAGAACUUGGAAAGGAUAUCACUGCUGGGAAGAUUGUGGAAUUCUUAGCACACCCCGAGGUUAAACUCAAGCAUGGAAUCACAAAGAAAAUUUCUUUGCGCACCGCUGAGAGAUAUUUGAAGCUUCUCGGCUUCCGUUGGAUCACUCCGAAGAAGGGACAAUACGCAGACGGCCAUGAGCGCGAGGAUGUGGUUUGGUACAGGGAUAAUCGGUUCUUGCCAAAAAUGAAGGACCUGCUCAGAUGCGAAAAGAUCUGGUCAACAGAAAACUUACCAGAGGAGGGGCCCCAGCUGGGUCGUCGUGUCAUAAAAUGGCACCAUGACGAAGUAAUCUUUUACGCGCAUGAUUGGGGGGGAAGAAGAUGGUUUCAUAAAGAUGCAACACCAAAGCCGUACAAGAAAGGGGAGGGUUGUUCUUUGAUGGUGGCUGAUCUCGUUUCCGUGGAUUUUGGGUGGCUUCAAUCUCCCAAUGGGAAAGAAUCAGCACGCGUUCAUCAGGAAAAAAAAAUUUUUCUUCAGAAAUGUCAGUAG